AGCAGCUCACUUCCGCUCGUCGUCUGCCAACGCUCGCGUUGCGUCUGUCGGUUUGCACAGUUCGCACGUGAACAAAAGCAGCGCUCGCUCCUUAUGUUGUGACAUCGCUGCGUGGGCCAAAUUAGCGAGUGGGCGAAAGCUGACCGAUUGUUAUGACGCCGCGUUACGUAGACUACCAGCGGAUAACACAAGCGAGUGUCGGUUGGCGUUUUCUGUUUGUUCUUUUGUUUGUUUCCCCUUCGCCACGAUCGCGAGCACGAUGAGAUUGCGCGACAAAGCCAACGAAGCGCGCUCGCUCGCUCAUGACCUCCCUCGACCGACGCGCUCGGUCGGUCUCGCUGCGCCGUUUUCUCUUGCUUCUUUCCUCAAACCGAAUAUAGACGCCGCCGCCUACACUGCUGACAUCCCGCCUUCGGAGCCAACGCAUUGCCAACGCUUCUUCGGGACGUCGUAGUGGGAUGUAGAAAACUUCAAUGAUUGUGCGCUUUACGUGCGAUCGUCGCGUAGAGACUGUUGUGUGACGGUUCAGUUGAACAGAAACGCACCCUCAGAAUUCUAUCUCGCAACCACUGGAUGGUUUCGUCUCGGCUACCCUCUCAUCGCGCCAAGUGGUCUUCAUCACGCAGGCAUUUGAGCUUGUCGCUGCGGCGUAAAGUUACUUCUGAUGGACGUAGCAAGGUCUUUGCGCCCGACUUCGCUGAGCUCGCGACAGCUCUAGCAUCUGCAGUUAGUUACCGGACAAGACGUGUACAAAUCAUCGCCGUCGUUUCUGUUCGCACUAGAUGAAUGCAGGCAGCCCAGGAGCGUGGCAGUGACGAGGUUCGACAGGGGGGCAGUGCCACUAGCACCCCUGUCUUGGGGGGGCGGGUGCCUGAUGCUACUGCCACACCAUCACGAAUUGUGAGCUUCUUCUCAAAGCGAUCAUUGAAGCAGAACCCCUUGAAGCGCACAAAGAGCGUGAGCAAGCUGGAGCGGGCGCGGCGAGCUGAGGCGCCUACACCGCGGCUUCGUGGCUCGCGCUCCCACGAGUCACUGCUGCAGUCACCCGGGGGCCCCUGGGGCCUGGAGGGGGCCAGACUGGGUCCUCUGCAUCCAAGCCUCCGAAACCACCCCGUUCAGGGACAGGCCUGGGGCCCUGCCCCGCGGGGUGCAAGUGAACAUUGGUUCGAGCUGGCACCUCGUGAUGGCCCGGCAUGUGUGUAUGCCUGCCGCUCCCGGCAGCAAUGCCUGCACUGGUUGGCACGGCUGCGACAAGCUGCUCAGCCACAGCGGGAUGCCAUCCGCCGCACUGAGAAUGCUCUUCGGCUUUGGGUGCUCGAGGCGAAGGGCCUGGCACCAAAGAAACGAUACUUCUGUGAGCUGCGUUUAGAUGGCACACUAUACGCUCGCACCUCAGCCAAGCUCAAGUCCCAGCUCUGCUUCUGGGGGGAGCACUUCGAGUUCAGCCACCUGCCUGCUGUGAACACCCUGACAGUAACCGUGUUUCGGGAGGCUGACAGGCGCAAGCGACGUGACAAGAGCAUGGCUUUAGGAAUGGUGACUGUUCCCCUUGUGCCUGCUCGAGCGCACCAUGUAACCGAAAAGUGGUACCCUCUGGUGCCCGAGCUGAAAGGGCCACCCACCCCCGGGACAAAGGAGAGCACACCUCCCUCAGUGCGGCUCAAGUGGCGCUACCAGUCACUGGAAGUGCAGCCUUUGGCUUCCUAUCAGCCUUUCCUUCAGUAUCUGAAGCGGGAUUAUGGGCCCCUAUGCCGGCUCCUGGAACCUGUACUUGGAGUGCGCCUUAAGGAAGAAAUAGCGACAGGCCUGGUGAGCAUAAUGCAUAGAGAGGAGAUGGCCCAAGAGUUCCUUACUCAGCUUGUCAUGGCUGACCUUCAAGACAUAGGAGACCAGCACCUCACUUUUCGAGGCAACUCUCUAGCAACAAAGGCAACAGAGGCCUAUCUGAAGCUUCUUGGGGAUGGCUACCUCCAGGAUACCCUUGGCCCCUUCAUUCGAGAUGUUUUGGCAUCAAACCUGGACUGUGAGGUUGAUCCAGCCAAAGUGAGUGGGGGUAGUGGUGCUUUGCAGCGGCAGCAAGCUUUGUUACGGCAGAGAGUCCAGCAAGCAUGGCAGCGAAUUACUCAGUCUGCACAUUCAUUUCCAAGGGACCUUCGCAUGCUAUUUCAUGGCUACCGCCAACGACUUGGAGGUAGUACUCACGAAGAGGAGCUUUGUGACAACCUUAUCAGCGGUUCCAUCUUUCUGCGGUGCCUGUGUCCUGCCAUUCUGUCACCAAGUCUUUUUGGCCUUGCACCAGAAUAUCCGGAUGAACGAGCUGCUCGCAGUCUGACGUUGAUUGCAAAGACAAUCCAAACUCUCGCAAACUUCACAAGGUUUGGUGGCAAAGAGAGUUUUAUGGAGUUCAUGAAUGACUUCGUGGAGAAGGAAUGGAGCACAAUGAAGACUUUUCUAAAGGUUAUUUCGAGUCCGGUGAGCACGGAGCCGAAUCCAUCAGGAGCAGAGGCUGUCAUUGAGAUCCCCUGCGUUGUGGACCUUGGUCUAGAGCUGGCCCAACUGCAGAUGAUGCUCAGGGAAUGCCUUCCACAGCUGGAGGGGAAGGAAGGUGAAGCAGCCUUGCGGGCUGCUUUAGAUGGUCGACCACGCAGUAGAGGUCAGGUGUUGUCCUGCCUGGAAGCAAACCCAGCACCGGCACCUCAGCCUCGCUCAUCAACCCUGCCCAGGAGUGCCCUGGCUCCAAGUACUACAAUCCCUAGAGAACUACCAAGAGCCCUUCCAGAUUUGCUUACCACUAUGCCCUCAGGACAGGGCCCAACUGCAGUGAGCCAUGUGCUGCCUCCACAACCCGGUGGAUGCCCUCCACUUGCAUUUAGCAACCCGGUCUACCGUUGGGGGGGCCUCCAAGAACCUCAGCCAGAAUCUCUCACUGGAGGAGAGAGCGGCAGUAGUGGUCACAGCAGUGCAGCUGAAAGUGAAGGCAGUGGUACCUCAAGCCCAUCUUCACCACACCUCUGGGAAGACAAUUUUCUAGGAGCUGCUGGUGAACUGGCUGGAAGGAGUCGAGAGAGUGAUGAGAGGUUUCCUCACAGAAGUCUUCGUGAAUAUGAGCGGGAGGUGGCCCAGCUGAAACGGCUCAUGGGCCAGCUGCAGCGCAAGCUCAGUCUAGCUGAGACCCAACUACAACAACAGCAGCAACACCCACUCUCAGCAACACUUGGUGCUGAUAGCACAGAGGAGCAGCAGCAGCGUCGACAGGAAAAGGACCUUCAGAUGAAGAGCAUCAUCACCAGGCUAAUCACUGUGGAAGAUGAGCUGCGACGGGAGCAGCGGGAGAUGCAAGGCAUGAUUCGGGCCAAGCAGCAGCUGAUUGAUGCACAGGAGCGCAAGAUCCAGACAUUGGACGCUGCCAACCAGCGGUUGCUGGGAGCUCUUGCUCAGUUACGCCAGCACUAUCAGGACCAGGUUCAGCUGGAGCCCCGACUGCUUGCCAAUGGUGCUUCCUCGCCACCACCACCCUCAUACAGGAGCAGCUCCUGCUGACAACGUGUGCCCAUCACAUUUACACAAGUGCUACCUUGGGAAAAGACACAUUGUGGCCUCUUUGUGGACAAGUGCCUAAACUGCAAAGUAUCCCCACCCCAUCCCUGCAACACUUUUGUGACAGUUUCAACUUCGGUGGCUCAUGACUUAUGCAAUUUGAACUUAGAAAAGCCUAUCUGCAAGCAAUGUGCAAAUUCAUCUUGUGGGCUGCAUAGUGCUAGCUUUUGCUAAAGGGACUUUUGAAUGGUUGUACAAUAGAAGAGAGGUUGUAGUAGUAUCCUACUUGUCACACCAAGCCAAUGGCCAAGAAGUUCUACACAUGCUCUUAUACAAUCUCCCAUGGCUGUAAUGUCUUUGGAAGGAGGUAAUGGAUUUAUUUCUUCUUGGUAGGAGCUUGCAAAGCUUUUUCUUCUCAAAUAUAUCAUGUGGUGUUAUGGUACUAGUGAAGUUUAAAUUGGAGCAUUGUUUUCAGUGCACCAACAAAGCUGGCAUAGCAUUUCACAUGACCACUGCAAUGUCAAUUUUUGCCCACUUUCACAAAGAUGUGAAGAUUUUGCAAAUUGCCUUGGGGCACUUGUGGCCUUAGUUUUUGCACUUAGUCAACACUGCAGUGCCUACAAUAUAAAAUUGUUGAAUGCAUUUUUCUGUUGUACCCUUAAGGAUGUGAAAGUAAGGUAACACCAUCAGUUUCUAAUGGACCAAACUCAAUAUUUAAUAUUGGAGAGUUGCUUUAAUGGACACCAGUGGUUUUUCUCUUUCUUCCCUUUAUGAUCAACAGCUUAAAAUAUUUAAAACUACUGCUUCGACUACUGAUAUCUGACAAUAAAAUGCAUUUUGUUCUUUCUUGUCUGGCAUAGGUAGGGUAUGCAUCUUGAAAAAAACAAAAUGCUUGAUUCGAACUUUGGGGCAGUUUAAUUAUUCUUGACAAGUUACUUACCAAGCAGGCAAGUAGGAUAAAUUUUUUAAUUAAAUAAUUGUGAGUUUCCCAUUCAAUUUGCUUGCAAAAUGUGAUACAUUUAAGCACCCUCCUCAGCUUAAGUGUCUUGCCAUCCUAAUUUUGUUUCAAGCUGCAACGAAUAGUUCUUUGUGCACCUGACCAGCACUGUAGUACUCACAGGCUGAAAUCGUGUCUGUAAUUAUCUGUGUGGUAUACUUAUUGGACGGAGAGGGGUUACUGAGCAGCCAUUUGACGUUGCUCGCUGGGAUUUUGUCACAAUUUCUAGGGUUAAUCGCAGCUGCUUAGCACUGUGCUCAUACUGGAAUGCUCUUAUUUGCAGGUCCACAGUGACCAAUUCAGUCUGUAGGAAGAGGUACACUAUUUGUUACUUGUGGCUCUUAUUGUUUUGUAAUUGUGAUUGUAAAGUUUGAUUUAGGAUGAAGUGAGGUAUGACCACAUUCUAUAUUGCGAGAAUUUUAAGCCUAUAACUAAUAACUACCUGUUUAUAUAAAACUUAACUUUGUUCAUUGUACAUCGAUAGUUUCAUUGCUUUAGGUGCAUUGGCGUUUAAUAUUUUUUCUCACUGAUGUCUGUUUUCGUACUUUUUUUUUUUCGUUGGACUUGCUUGAGUUGAAAAACUAUGACUUAUCGCUUCAAUUAUUGCUAUAAUGUUUCACUGAUUUAAAUACCUUGGUUUUUAAAAUUGUUCUCGCACACAUCUUCUGUGCUCUUUUUUUUUCCUUGCUAGAGUGGGAAAGCUUUGACAGGGCAGCGCUUAAUUCUCGGAAAACUUGUUCAUUGCUAAAAAGCAUGGUGUAUUUUUCAGGUACCUUUGAAAUAUUUCUAAUAUGAGGGCAGAAUUGGCUAUGGAGAUAUGUAAGCUGUAGAUCAUAUAAAUGCAAAGACGGGCACUUUUGUGAAGAAAUGUUCGUUUUUGUGUCUGUAUGUGUGUGACCUGUUCAGAACGAAGUUUCCUCAGGAUUAGUUAGCAGUAACCAAAGCUUAAUCGAAGCACGUCUAAGACGCAUCAAAAUCUCAAGCAGCAUGUAAUAUGUUUGCAUUGUAUGUAUUACAGGCCACCCUAGUCUGUCUGUCUUACUGAGCAUGUCUGUGGUCACAGUUAUGGUUUCUUAAGGGAACAGCAUUAUCGAUUUAUUUCAAACUUGAGUUACACUUUUUACUUUCAAUAAUCAAAAUAUGCUGGCUUCAGUUUAACAAAAGUUAGCAAACAGACGACUAUAAAAAAUGUAGGGUGGUUGUGUUCUAUAGACAGUUGUAGAAGUACGUAACAGGAGUAAGGAAACUAGGCCUUCAUGCAUAGUAAAAAGGUUUCAUAUGCAUUCUGACAGAGAAUAGUUGUGUUAAUAUAUGUUCUCAGAUAAAUUUAGGCAGGAUCAUGAGAGCCAGCUAUGUGGCCUCCAAUGCCAUGCUAAGUCUGAUACAAGCCAUCAGUUUCAAGUCAGGUAUACCAGGUGUUUGUUUUUUAGCUGCACCAAAUUUUUUUAAAUUUAAAAUUGUGCUACCUGCCACAGGCAAUUUUUAAACAUUUGGUGCAGCUGAAAAAAGUAUCCUACAGUCGAAUCUCAUUAAUUCAAACUGACGCUGCGGUCCUGUCAAAGUUGUGUAUUCCAAUGGGCGAAAAAGCCUGGUAAUUCGAACGCGAAAUCAUUUGCAACGGUUAAUUCGAAAAUACUACGCACUGACAAUGCUCUCGGCAGCGCGCCAAAUCACGCGGCACCGCCUCCGACCAGCAUUGCUCCGGCACCGCCAUAGAGUAAAAGCUUAGGAGAGACCCAUCAAUGUCGUGCGCCAACAUUAAAAAAAAAAAAAAAAACGCGGCGGAAAUUUCGUUCUCUCUCAAAUGGCAAGGUCGCCAUUUCUGCGUUGCGCCGGAACACACGUGUACGUGCCGAUGCCUCAGUCACGCGGAGAAAAUGGCAGUGAACCCUUCUUUCUGCUUCCUCUAUUUUGUAGUCGCGUGUCUGCCCACGCCGGCAGAAAACGAUAACGGCAUAAAAUGAAACUUCAGGGAGCUGGCACUGGCACGGCGGCGGGCGCAGACGGUGAUAGUCGAAGGUGAGGGAGCUACGAGGGAGUUGAGAGGGAGAGCUAGGGGAGCAACCGAAGCGGCGGAGUUGCCGAGGCCAAAUUCGCUUCCCUGCCGCCUUCGUCCCUCACCUUCCACGGUCUCCGUGUGUGCCCGUCGCCGUGCCGGCGUCACCCACUCGCUGAAGUUUUGUUUUCUGCCAUUAUCGGGAAGCGAGCGUUGGCCGACGUGGGCAGUUUCGUGGCCCUCGCUCGCUAUGCGCUUGCGCGCUGCGAUAUUUCACGACUCGCACCAUUCGUGCAUCGUGCUAUGGUGCACGAAUAAUUCAAAAAUACGUCCUUCUUAUAAUUGGAACAAAUUUUCGAGCCCCUUCGAAUUCAAAUUGAUUGAGAUUCGACUGUAUAUAUUUCCUGGUAUUGUUUGAGUAGAUUUUUCGUCUAAGAUGUGGGGUAUUUAUUGUACUCGGACCUGGUUCCAUUAACUGCAAUGGUGUAUUUUUUCUUUCUAUCACUUUUGUUUUUUUCUUGUUCAUGUGUUUGUUGUUUUACAUGGUAGCACUGUGUGGAGACCCCUGAAAAAACUCAAAGAUGAGAUUAGUAUUGCUCAUUUCUCUGAAGCCACAGUUAUCUCAGCAGGAUCGGCUUUCCUUUAGCUAAGCUGGAUAAAGGUGCUUGCAUUAUUAAGGGCUAUAAAGAAAAUCUUUCUGCCCCCCUCCCCCUACUAUCUGGCCUACUAGUUUUUAUGCAUAAAACCAGACUAGCUCUAUACUCUGAGUUUCCUUGUUGAAAGCUGUCUGUACAGUUGAGUUUUCCUUACAGCAAGUCUCUAAUUAUAUGUUGAAUAAAUUACCACAAUAUGACAGGGCUACUACUAGUAUGCUUUAUCUGAAAUGUGUCUGCCAUUUACCACAUCUGAGAUUUGCUUGCUUGCAUAUAAUGGUCUUUCUUGGGGACCUGAUGAGAAUUUUGUCAGGUGAAGUGUUCACUCAGGUGAAGCUGGUCCAUGGAAGGGCUCGCCUUGAAUGCUUCUCUUCAUUUGUGUUUUGUACUGCAUAUACACAUCUCUGUUGCGCAAUUUUUGCAUUUAGAUUUCAUUAUUUACUGUUCACACAACAAAUUAUGCAGCAGUUAUUUGCUCUAAAGAAAGAAAAAAAUGUUUUGUAUAUACAAAAAAAAGAUGUUAUGAAGAAAUGGGUGUACAUUAUUGCAACGAAAGCUGUGGCAACACCUUAUUUUUUUGUACAAAUUGCAGCUUUUGCCCAGCUACUGCAUUUCAGGGAUUGCUAGUGAAUAAAUCAAGCUGUCAUUUUUUUCUUAUUUGUAUAAAGCUUGUAUUGUUUUUGUUUUCAGUUUAACGGAAAUGUUGAUUAAUUUGCAGCAUAGGUGUGCCUUUUGCAUGUUUGAAUACUGCAAACUUUUGUUGAUGUUGUACCCAUUUAUGUUUGGGUCUGGACGUCAUCCUAGGCUUGAGGUUGUAUACCUGUUACAUUAUGCCCCACCAUGUGACACUGAAGGCCAUGUUGUCACUCCCAGAUCCAUUACCAAAGAGCACCACUUUCUCUUGUGUGAAAAAGCUUUUUGUUCGUUGAUUUUCAUGUGUGUCCAAGGACAAGUCUUUGACAGUAAGAGCACCAUCGCUCAUGUAACAGGAUGCUCUGUGCUGUUGGUGCACACACAAAUAUGUGCAUUUUGACAUGCAAUACUGUCCAGAGGAGCUUAUAGAGAACACUAUACAUGUUAAAAGCAUACAAAUAUAUAUAUAUACAAAAACACAUAUACAUAUAUAUAUUAUUGCAAGGCGGCAUAUUGGGUAGUUGGUUGGGAUUCAUUGUUGAAAUCAGUUAACAGUGCUAACAAGUGCUAACCAAAUAAACCUUCAGUUGUUAGUCAGCACUUGUGUCUGCCCUCUUUUUGUCCCUUGUGAGCACUAGCACUGUUACCUGCCUUCAAGAAUAUAUAUAUACAUAUACAUGUGCUAUACAUAUUGAAUGAUUGUUGACUGCUUUUUUGUUUGUUUUGUAGUGGUUGAUUAAGGGGGUAUGGUUGGGUAAAUCGACCAAAAGACCGAUUUUUUUGAUUUCAUUAAAAAUUAAUACACUGCAGUGGCCAUUUAAAAAUGACGGACGCAAGGGUUUAUUUACAUGUUGUUUUACAUUUAAAAAAAAAAUUUUAUUUCAUUAUUAAAGAAUAAUACACACUGUGCGGAGCAAAACCGUGCAGUGGCAAGCGCACAGGAGCGCUCGAAGCCAUUUAAAAAUUGCGUCAAAAAAGGCGCCUCCUGGUAUUUAAAAUUAACAUAAAAUUGCGUUUUUCUCAAAAUCUCUUCCUUGAAAUUUUUCUAACCUUGAUGUACCUUUUCUGGAAAACUAUCUGACCGAUUACGCUGAAAUUUUCUCAGAUCAUACAGAAAUCCCUUGCAAAUAGUUUGAACCUAAAACUGUGAACAACUGUUUGAGUUAUAAUUCUGAAGAAAAAAAAUUAACUGGAAGGUCUCCCUUACGGUACGUGACAAGUGAGGGAAAUAUUUUUUUUUUUCUUGCGAGGUGAAUGUAGGAACCCAAUUUUUUUUUAGGUUCGGAGUAAAGCCACUAUAAUGUGGAAUCAGUGAGCAAAAUUUCAUGGUCAUACCAUUUUUUUGUUUCUGAGAAAAGGUACAUUUGAUUUUACACCGCAGCCCAAAAUUUCGUUCUCAAAUACAUCAAAAAUUUUAAAAAGGCAGCAGUAAAAAAAUUACACCAAGUGAAGGCCAAAAGCAUUCUUAUUCAACACGCAAAAUGUCACAUUAAAAUAUGGAACAGUUGUUGAGAUAUAAAGCUGAAACCAAGAUGACCCAUUCAUCCUACCAUACCCCCUUAAGUUCACCUAUGUGGUCUGUCAAGAGGAGCACAGAGGUCGGGAAAUGGGUCAUGCAAAUUGAACUUUAUGACAAGUGAUUUUGUGUUGGCACAUGUGUUUGCUCACCCCAUGUUCCAUGCAAGAUUUUUUGUGUUUUCCACCAUCGCUUUCGUUAACUUUGCACAGAACACACAACUGGACUAUUACACUUCACAUGCACUCAUUAUAUUGUGAAAAAUUGCUGUAAAAUACACUCCAUUCGGAAGUGUUUGGAGCAUUCAUAAAAAGCAACAUGAGGAUGCGUUAGUCUGCACUUGAACCAAUGUUCUCUCUAUUGUAAGUCAUAAGAUUUUCCGCAGGUAUCAAGCACAUCGUUGAGUAUAAUGAUGUGCAUAUUCUCUGUCAUAACUGGUACUACUGAAGAGAAUGUAUUUGCUGCACAGUAAUGUCUCUGUGGGCAUGAAAUGAGCCUGCAGCUAGGGUCGGCACAACCAGAAAGUUGACAUCGGGUGCAACAAACCUUUCCCUGUCUCCCUCUUUUAUCAUCUUGGAUGUAGCAAGCAUAUUGCUUUGUUCCCAGUGGCUGCACUUGUCUGGAAAGAAGCAUUGAACAGCAGCAGGUGUUCGUGUUUAGCUGGCAAUAAUUUGCAACCAAUGCCUACUAGCUUCGUUACUCAGCUCACGUUUUCUCUUGUAUUUCUCAUGGUUAAUGUCAGUAAACAGAUUCUAAACAUACCCAUAAGGCGCAUACCCAUGUACAUCUUUGGAAUGAGAUUUCAACUUGUCUGGGCAGUGAACAACUUUCUUCCUCAGAUGCAAUGUGCCUUGUGCCACAUACCUUGGGUCAAAUGAAACGAGGGGGAGGUAGGGAAGGCUGUUUAUUAUAAGCUUGUAUUAAGUUCAUUUCGACUGCCACACAUGACUCAUUUUUAUUAGUUGGUGGCGCUCAGCGUUGUAUUGUAUCAAUCAAAUAUAUUUAUAUCUAGUACUGUGCAAAGUUUUUGUAAAUAAAUUGUCUAUAUUUUA